CGCACUGCUGGACCUCAUCCUCACUAACGAGGAGGGUCUGGUUGAAGCGGUAAAGGUUGAGGGCUGCCUUGGUUGCAGCGACCGUGAUAUGGUCCCAACAGCUUGAAUCAAGAUGCAGGCAAAGGAAAUGAAGAAUAUUAUUUCCUUUUGUUUUCACUGGCUGAAUAAGAGGACAAUCUUUACCAGUGUGAGAAUGAACACCUUUCUUUUUGUUGUGAAAUCACUAGUCUCCUUCUGAAACAGGUAGGAUACCUAGACAUGUCAGAGAACACUUGAGUACAACCAUUUGCAUUUCUUCAAUGAGCAAUUAUCACUGUUUUGCAUCUCUAAAGCAAAUUUUUGGCAUAUUCUGUAGCUUGGAUUUAGAUCAAGAGCUGCAGUGCCUAAGGCCAUUUUAAUCUAUUGCACUAUCUGAAUAUGUUAACCAACUGACUAACUUCUGCAAAUCUUUGAUGGUUCAAGUGACUGUAAGGUAGUUGAUUGGGCAAAGGUGAACAAUGUGUGGCACUCCUCGUUCACAGACCUGUUCGUCUGCCUCUGGGAAAGCUGUAAACAAAUAUUGCACAAUCAGCAAAUGAAUUGGAGACAGGAACAAGUGAAUGAGAGAGCUGAGCUUGAUCCUUUCUGUUUGGCACAGCUCUAGGCCAAGUGUUGGUUGUUCCUCCCCAACCUCUAGUGAAGCUCACAAACUAAACCUAGAAAUGCAGAUUUUUCUUUUUUUCCCUUUUCUUUUGGUCUGAACACAUACCUUCUUGAUUUUGAAAGUUUUAAUAGGUUUUUUUAUUGUUGCUGUACCCUGUGCCAUUGUACUUGCCUAGACCUGUUACACAUUUCUGUUACGUCUUAGAAAGACUUUUUUUUCUCUCCCCUCCCUCAGUUACCUUGCCUGUUGCUUAUUGAGUGAUAGUUUGAACCAUUUCACUCUUUUUUGUGACUAAAAUAAUCAGAUUCCAUUGAUUCUUGAUUAUUUCAGUCCUUUUAGCUUCCACCUUAUUAAUUUAAAUAAAGAUCUGAAAUUGCCAGUGAAGAUUUUCUUAAUAGCAACAGAAAGAAUCUAAAAUAAAAUUAGGAGAUCCUCUCUUACAGGUAUAAAUAAAAGGAAUAGUUUUAGUUGUACAUCAAGUAGAUACUAAUGUGGAAAGGAACUUUUAAGGUCAGUAUUGAGUGUUUUUAUGGCUGGCAUGAGAAUGAGACCUGAUUCUUUUUGGUUUACCUAAAGAACAAUGUUUCAGCUGUUUUUAUAUUGGCAAGAGACAGAGGUUUUCUAUUAAUCCAUGAGAGCAAUAUUUUGAGGGUGGCUUAACAAAUACUGAACUUUGUUUUUUUCUGAGUGCAAAAAGAUUAAUAGACAUUCUUACAUCAUCUGUCAGCGAGUUCCGUAUUUUAGAUCUAUCUAUUGUCCUUGGAAGGAGAGAGGUGAUUCUAGGUAGUUGGACCAGUUUCCAUAUACUGUCUUCCAUAUCGGAGCAGUUCUUUAAGUCAGAGUGUGUGCUGAUGGUUUUGUAUACAAAAAGAGCACUGCACAUAAAUAGCAUGUUCUAAGUGAUUUGUUUUGUCAAGUAGUCAAGAUGUUGUGUACUCAACUAGUGGAAAACACAUCCAGAGAACUGUUUCCAUCUCAUUUCAGGUGUGCAACUGUACAUGUAGAAACUCUUGUGACAGAAUUCCAAUGCAGCAUCACUCACUAGAACACUGCCUUGUACAACAGAAACUUUUCAGUGUAGCCUUUUACUGAGCAGCUGUGCCAUAAUAUAUCACAUUAAUGUGUUUUGUGGUUUUAUUUGGUUCCUGCUUAUUAUCACAAGUCUGGAAUAAAGGCAGAAGAUUGUUUUAUCUGUCUUGUGCCAGGCCAGGCUGCUUUGUGAUGAAAGGGAGCAUGGGAUAAAAAAUAAAAAUGGGAAGAGAAAUAAAGAAAGAGGCCACAUUGGCAGUCAACAGGAGCAGUUUGGGAACACUGGCAGUCUUCAGUGUGUGGAGAUUUUACAUUCCACAUACCAGUGGAGUUUGGUCACCUCUGAAAGAUCUUAAAGCCUUUUGUUUGCUGUAUCUUAUUAGUCUAAUGUUAGGGUAGUCCUGAAAACAACAGAUUACCUUUCAGACUGCACGCUGUCCUUCCUCUCUGUACUUUCUCUUGGGAGUCAAAAUAGUUAUUUUGCAGUCUGGUAAUUACAUUUCACUUAGACAUGGAUUUAUUCUAUGUAAUGAACAAGGUAGCCUUGUUUGUAUGGCAAGAGCUGGCAGAAUUGAGAUAAUGCAUGUCUGCUAUACCUAUGUCUUGUUCUUAAAAUAGUCUUUUGUUAUGUAAUACUAAUUGGAAUUCAGAAGCUCUAUAGAUUUUCAUAUAAUUGCACCUGGUAUUUUUUUUUUUAAACUGAAAACCACGCAAAGGAACAGUUUAUUAGAUGUUUUGCUGUUCUAGUGGACCUACAAGUCUUUAGUAAACUCAUUAAGAAGUGACCAGAAGUCUAAACGUGUUUAUGAACUAUUCAGCAUAUUUGGAUCACAGUAUGACGUGACAGUGGGAAAAAAAAGUGCUGUAUUAAGAGUAUAUCUUUGCGGGGGGGAUCAGCAGGCAGAAGCUGGGUUCAGCUGAGACUGCUAUAGCUGUGAUGAGAGUGGUGCUGAACCCUGCCUAAUGUUUCCUGCCUUUCAACAGUAUUAGCAGGGCUUGUAGCUGCUCGCACAGCAGCUUUGCAGCUUCUGGUCAGCCUGGAACGUGGGCAAACGGAGGUUAUAUUUGCCUACAAAAGACUUAGUCUCAGGAGCUUUAGAUCAGGUCUUGUUUAACUGAAGUACUGUGAUGCAAGGGACAAGGAUUUCAUUUAGGAGUGAGAAGAUGCAAAUUUGCCUCCAGAGUGGCUUUACCAUUCCUCAUCUACUGUUUUAAGGAAGGGGUCAACAACAUUGUUUUCUAGUCUGAGCCUUCAGUCCUGAGGGAUUUUAUUACCUUUUCUCUACUUAAAUUAGACAGUGUUUUAGUCUGGACUGCAAAAAUAGAUUAUUGGUUGCCAAGUCAGAAGAGAGCCAGUAGACUCCACUGAACGGUAUACUCGUUGGAUCAAUAAUCUGACUGAAGAACAACUUCUUACACAGGUGUUUACCUCCCAUGGACCUACUGUGAUCAUGCCAACCUGGUUCUGCUCUCGAGAAUGGUUUUUUCAUGUGGGAAAAUUUGAUGAGGGUGGAAAGGGUGUUCCAGAAGAUUUGUUGUUUUUUUAUAAACAUAUCCAAAUGGGUGGUGAAGUCUUUCGGGUAAACCAUUGCCUCCUGCUCUACCGAUACCAUCCACAGGCUGCAACUCAUUCUGUCCUGGAGGGAACCAUCUGGAAUCACCGAGUCAAGUUUCUUGAAGACAGAGUCCUGAGCUCCUGGACAUCAUUCACUAUUUGGAAUGCUGGCAAGCAAGGCAAGAAGCUCUACAGAAGCUUGUCACCAGCUAAUCAGAAAAAGGUAACUGCGUUUUGUGAUGUUGAUGAAAAGAAAAUAGCAAAAGGAUUCUACACUUACGAAGAAUCUGAGGAGAGACCAAAACCCAAAAUUCCUAUAUGUCACUUCAGAGAUGCAACUCCACCCUUCAUUAUCUGCGUGAAGCUGGAUUUGACAGGUGGAACAUUUGAAGCAAACCUGAGCAUGCUGAAUUUGCAGGAGGGGAUGGAUUAUUACCACUUUAACUAAAAACCAAGGACCUGUGAGCUCUUGAGGAGCAGUGUUGUGCACUCCUGUGUGAGCACAAACUGGCUGCAAGUAGGAACACCUGGACAGCUGUGAAAAGUCCUUCACCUUCGGUCUGAGUGACUCUAUAACAGAACUCUGACAGGGGCAGGCUUGACUCUGUUGCUGAACACCAUACUAUUUCCUCGUGUUAAAAGAGGAGGAAAAGGUGACGUUCCCAAUUGAGCCACAUCCCUUCCAGAUUGCACAUGAUGCUGGUUGUAACAAUUCCCUCUGAAAUACCUGCGUGUGGAUUUGGCUGAUACAAACAGAAGAGUGAGUAGAAACAGUUGUCUCCUAACUUGUCAGGCUUCUCUCUCCAAGGAGAUGGGCUACCUGCCUUAAAACAAAAUGGGACCUACAUCUGCAUAUAUUGUCUGUCUUUUUCUGAACAUAUUGACUUUGAGAUUCUGUUCCUCCUCUCAGGCUGUGUUAGAAUUCAGUGGCUUCCACAACCCUACGAUAAUUUUGUUGUUGAAACUGACUGGGAAGUUUUUAUCCUUUUUCUUUCCCCAGAAAGGGCAGAUGAGCACUUCUGGAAACAUCUGUUGUGUAUUAUUUCAUUCAUGUCACACUGGAAGUCUGCAGUGUUUGCAAGAACCACAACUGGAAGAGCCUGAGCCUGCAGUCCUCAGCAAUUCCAGCUCCUCCUGGUGCACCCCGGUAUUUCCCUGAACCAGUAAAUGACAGGAGCACACGGUGGAUUUGGGGGAACACCUUGAUCAUGACUCUAUUUCUUAAACAGCCCCUCGGGCACAUUUCUGUACUUUACCUUGGGCACCAGCUGUGGUUUGGGCACAUUCAUCAGGUCACAGAGACAGUUGCGUUUCUCUCUUACGACGGGCAAUUCCGCUUCCCUGCAAGAAGAAUUAUUUUCCAGUUAAUUCCAAAAUGAAAACCUGAAGUUGGCUACAUGCACAGAACUUAAGCUGUCCAUGUGAUGAUUAAAUUCCUAUGUAUACAUACAUACUUCCAUGUACAUUUCAAAUUGCACAAGCUUCACAUUUUAAAAACAAUGUUACAUUUCUGUACCACCUUAAGCCAGAUAAACUGUAAGGACUCCAGAACUCCAGUUAUUAGUAAAAUAUCCAAGAUUAUUAUUCUAGGCUUUUGUGUUCCAAAAAAAUGGCACUUAUUCAGCCCUUUAGACUAGACGUUCUCCACAUGUAGAGCUCCUUUUUGGUUUAGAAAACUUCAUAUCAGGAUUUUAAAAACACGUCACUGGAUUUGGAGAACAUUCUACGAUCUCUAGAAGCUUUUCCCUAAAAUAGAAAAUCCAGAACUAAGACUUGUGAGUCUUGUAAAAAGUUUCUGAAAUAGCAUGAUGUCCAUGAGAUAAUUUCCUCAAGAACUGUGGGUUACAAAAUGCCCCCAAAUGCCAAAAAUCCACACAGCCAGCAUUCUUUUCCAUGUUGUAAAAAUCUACGGCUGCCUGGAAUGCUGCUCCUGUUCCUCACCAAUUCGGUUGAUUUCUUUUGUUUUCUUAAGUAACAACUGUAAACAGGCUAUGAAAACUGUAACUCUUAGCACAGACAGAGUCUAAAACUACAGAGAAAAGCAUAACGGGCAAGUUAGAAAUAACCUGGACCUUGGACAAUUUAUCAUAUUUAAUACCAGACCCCUUCCAUAGCUAAACAAAAGUUAUUAGCAUAACUUGUUUAAACUCUGAAUGGCACCAGUGUAGGAUAAACUCUACAGUUCCAACAAAGAACAAAUAUGCAUAUGCCACUCAUUAUCAUCUCCCCCAAAUAUUAAUUCCCAUUUGGCUUCCUGUUGUUAAUGCUUAUUGUGCCUCAGAAUUUACUAAGGUUGUUUCAGCACUGGGAGAACUCAAGAAUAUGAGCAGCUCCCUCUGACACUCAGCAAUGCCUUCCAAUAUCUUCUUUUGUAAACAGUUCAAAUCCACCAAGAUAAAACAAUUAAGUUUUAAGUAAACUAGCUCUUCAUCUUCAAUGUCAGCGCACCGGCCGUAUUGCAGCAGGGAAACCAGAGCGAGCCCUGACCCGAGACAGAGCGGAACAGGCCUCAGUCACACCGGAGAAACAACGAGGUGAAAACCGAAUAUUAAGUUUUCUGAAGUGGUUUUGCUUUGUUUCAGCAGCCCGUUCAGGGCAGAGCUGUACCGCUGCUUUGUCUGCAGCACUUCGGUGCGCACCCCUGCUCAUUUCGGAUUUGUAAACUUCCCCUGGUGACAGCAGUAAUCUAAUCCUGCUCCGUUGUUUCUAUUAACAAAUUCUUUCUGUAACUUCUGAGCAAGGCUGCUCUUCAAUUCCGUCAGACUUAACACAGGACUGAACACCAAUAUGUGGCUCAGCAAGUCAUAUUACCAACAGGCAGAACUGCUGAUAGCCAGUUCUUCAAAUCUGAGAUUCUUUUUCUAAUGUUGUGCUGGAAAAUUCAGAAAACUAGCAGGAGCCACCCCUUACAAUGACAAACCUAAUUUUCUUUUACCAAAUAUAAAGUCAUUUAAGCUCAAGCACAGAAAUAAACUAGAAAGUAAAUAAAAGUUAAAUACUGUAAGCAUGCAGUGUGAAAACACGUAAACCACUACCUUGAGGUGUAUUUGUUCUUUGAACAUGUCGAGGUUAAUUUUAUUUCUAUGAAAUAUCAACAAAGACAAUAUAUAAUGACUAAAUAAAUUAUAUAUAUUUUUUAA